UCUCUCGCAUUUUUCGACGCGUACGCGCAGCGCCGAAAAUAUGUAGGUAUAUAAUCCGCGGCGGUAUAAAGACUCGGCUCUAUCGCGCUCUCGGGCUGUGUGUAACAGCGCCUACAGACUGAUAAGAGAAAAAAGCGCUCGAGGUAACGCGCCAGGGACGACGACGACGACGCAUUCGGUUGUGAAGCGCGAACGAGGAAACACGUCACCGCUGCUGCCGUGCGGAUCAGCCGUUAAAUUUGGAGACAUUUGCAUCGCGACCUUCUUCCUCUCACUCCAGCCGACGAGAUGUCGCAUCUAUAUCCGAGUUUGCACGAGAAGUUUAAGAGCGAGGGAUUAUGCCCGAUAUGCCUCAUCGAGAUGGCCUACUCGCCCAGGUUCACGUGCAUCAACAACCACGUGAUCUGUCACCGGUGCCGGCCGUACUACUACUCGUGCCCGCAGUGUCUGCAGCCACUGAGCGAGCUGCCUCCGGAGAGUGCGGCUCCCUACGACCCUCCGCCGCCAACGCACAUGAUGCCGCAUCCGCCGCAUAUGCCGCAGCCCUAUCCACCCAGCGCCCCUCAGCUCCACGACUUUCACGAGCACGAGCGCCGGCAACACUUGCACGGCUGGCAGCCGCCCUCGCCCCCGCGCGAGGACCAGGAGCUCCUGGAUUGCCCGUACGCGCAUUUGGGCUGCACGGCCAAGUUCGUGCCCCUCCUGAGGGAUAUGCACGUCUCCAGAUGCCAGUACAAACACCACAGCGAGGAGCUGCAGCCGCCGGCCUGCGGUGAGCCCGACGACGACCCCGAGCGCGUGCCCUGCCGCUACCGGGCGGUCGGCUGCAACGUGCGCGCUCCGCACUGGCGAGUGCGCCAGCACGAGGAGCUGUGCAUCUACAAGGACCGGAGCAGCGGCCCCGUGGGCUCGCUCGUCGAGGAGCUGGGCGAGCAGUUGCACGGCAGCUGCCGCGUGGUUGACGAGGACCAGAACCGCAUGGUCGAGUGCCGCUUCCGCGACCGGGGCUGCAGGGUGCGCAUGCCGCUCUGGCGCAAGCAGACCCACGAGUCCAAGUGCAACUACAACGGCCAGCCCCAUUACGAGGAGUGUCCGCCCUACGACUGCGGGGGCGGCUUCCAGCCGUUCGUCGACCCGGAGCAGCAGACCGACUGCAGGUGGGCCGAGUUCGGCUGCCGCGUCAGGCCCAGGAUCGGGCGCAAGGAGCUCCACGAGGAGAAGUGCAACUACAGGAUGGAGGAGUGUGCGUUCAAGAACCGCGGCUGCUGCGAACUCUUCCAUCCCUCGAGGAGAUUCGCGCACGAGAAGUCCUGCGGUUACGCCUAUUGAUCCGCUCGCUCAUCCAUAAUACGCAGCUCCCGUGCCAACUCAAACAAUGCGCGAAAGAGUAUUUUCGAAUUAAGGUAUACUCGGUUACUUUUGUGCAGAAAUAAAGAAUAUAUUUAUGCAUUAAAA